AAUUUAGUACCUAUAACAGCUGUUAACAAAAUGUUUUUUCGUCAUGAUAAAUCUAAUCAAAAUAUAUUUUAAUAGAUAGAAAUAGAAAAACUUGCUACACACAUAAAAUCCACUAUAGGAUCUCUCAAAUUAAACAAAACCGAACUGCCAGGAAACGCACACAAGGAUAUAAACAGCCAUGAGUCACUUGGGCCUGACGGAUGUGCACCAAUCCCAGGAUGCCACUCCUGACUUGGAAUCCUUCACUGGCUUUGGUAACUCCGCUGCAGAGGCCUUCAUCCAGAGUCUCGCAGGAAUGGUCAAUCAAGGGGAUGUGGAAACCAUGAUAAGGGCUCAAAAACAAAUGCUGCAACGCUUCGAAAAAACCAAUGAGAUGCUCCUAAACUGCAAUGCCCUUUCUCAGAGUCGCCUGAAAAGCGCCAGCGAGGAUUUUAAAAGACAUGUGAAAUGCCUAAAUGACAUGAAGAAGGAUUUGGACUAUAUAUUUCGAAAGAUACGGGUCAUCAAGCAGAAGCUGCAGCUGCAGUUUCCCGCCAUAUAUGCCGAAGUGCAGCCGCAAAGGAGCAGUUUGGCGGAGGAAGCCGAAGACGACACGGAAGUCCAGGCCAAAAAGGCCACUGACACAGCUGCUCCAUCGACAGGAAAACCUGUUCCACCCACUGCACAGUCCAAGAAGAGUGCUGCCACCAUUGAGUAUGUCCAAAUGGAGGAGGCCGUGGACAAUGGCACCGUGGAGAUCGAAAACGAGCUGAUCAAACGCGUCUGCUCCGUCGAAACGGCCAAUCCUAACGACUCCUCCGACUGCACUUCCGAGGAUACAGGUUGAAUAGCUCUACGUUUCUUAGAUAGCUUUAGUUGCACAGUGUAUUUAUAAUGUAAGAUAACUUAUUGGUUUAAAUAUAAUCCGCUACAUCCAAGGAUAA